UGCCGCCGCCUGAAUAACAAUAAUAUAUCGCCGCGAUAACUGACGAACGUCAGUCGAUGGUCACCUCUGUACUACUGGCGAAUAACAUAUUAAAAUGAUAAUAACAUAAUAUCAAACCCGAUAGUAAAUUGCGAUUAAAAAACGACAUUAAAAAAAAAAAAAAAAUCAUAUUCUAUCUGAAUUAUAAUUUUCGACGGUACGGCUACACGACACUAAUAAUAUUAAUACCUAAUACAUAACCGUCCGCCGCGAGAUACGCGACCGCAGUCGACGAUCAUAACUCACCUACGACACGUACCAUUAUACACGCGUGCAGUGCUGGUAUCUCUUCGUAUUAUAAUAUAAUAUUGUACCCAAAUACACGCGCACGUCACCCGACAGUUAGUGCCUACGCCCGUGUAGGUUUUGGGUCCACUGCCUUUGGACGUAAGUCGUCUACCGUUUGAGUCUUAACAUCGCGCCCGACGUUUUUUCGGAUAUCCGUUGACGGACGUACCGCGCCAAAAUGUCCAAAUCGUUCGAACGAUGGUCCAUGCUGGUCGUCCUGCAGGUAUGUUGUUUCGUCGCUUUUGUCGCGAACGAGCCGGCUGCAGGACAAGUCCGGACGCACCGAAAGUGCGAUUCCAGAAACUUCGCAUCACUAAACCAUACUGAAAUCAAUGAGUGUAGAAACGACUCGUUGCCGAUGCCACCUGCGAGACAUCCAGACCAACAUCGCCAGUACGCCUUUCUGUCGGAGGAAAACAAUAAGAACGUUUCAUUUCUCAUUCAAAAAGAUAUGUACCGCGAUAAUAGACAAAAUGAAGUAUUGUUAUCAAAUACGAUUCAAGGAUUGUUUUUUGCAAGUCCACCUAUGGCUGUGUUAAGCAGUUCAAAUGAAUUGUGCAGGAACCACAGCGCUAUUUAUUUAAGAGAAUUAGAAAAAUUGACAAUGUGGGCAUUAAGAAUGUAUGAUUCUUCAGCAAAAAUACCAUCGGGCAUUCUGAACGGAAAUGUAAAUCAGUUCGGAGACUUCGAUCAGUGUUUGAAAGUGAACGAUGAAAACUUGGGAAUUAAGGGGCAAUAUUGUUUAACAUACGUGGAAAUGACGUUACCAUCAAAUGCAAACGAAAAACUAAAAUACAUUAUUGAUCUUAUGCAUUCACAUUCAGCUUUUCGUAGUCGAUUAGAAGAUCCCGGCCAUCGCGUUCCGAGAUUUUCCACUAUGAACUGGGCUGUUUGCACGCCUGCGAGCUGUUCUGCAGCUGACAUUGAACACGAAAUGUACUUGUUGUUGUCAAAGUACGUCGACACGACGGAAAUAAACUUACGUCUUAAAGUUGAUCCAGACAUGUGUCAGACGUUUAGGCCAUCUAUCGUGCCGACGACGGGGUCAUUGAUCGCAAUGUCGGUCUUUGGAAUUUUGAUUGUGAUUAUAAUGUUGUCUACUAUUAUGGACAAAUACAAUAUGUUCCUGAAUCCGGAAAAAAAUAUGUCCAAAGUACUACACUCAUUUUCAUUAAUAAGGAAUGUUCGGCAGCUUUUGAGCGUUAACGAGUCACCUGAAGACAUAAGAUCAAUUCACGGUAUCCGUGCGCUAAACGCUUUCAUGCUGUUAGCGUCCCAUAAAUCAAUGGCUAUGUUUUUCAACCCUUAUUCGAACAGGACCGCCAUGACCGAGCAUCUCGGAAAGCAAUGGACUGUUAUAGCUCGUGCUGCAAGUCUUUACACGGAUCCCUUCAUAUUCAUGAGUGGAUUAUUGACUGCUAUUUCGUUCUUGAGGCAUUUAGAUCGAAAGGGUACCAUCGAUUUGCCAAAAGAAUUAAUUUCUAGAUUUGCGAGACUGGUGCCAACUAUGGGGGCGAUUAUAUUAUUCUGCACAUUGAUCUUACCAAAUUUGGGCUCUGGCCCACAAUGGAAUUUAGUAGUUAAACAUCACGCCGACAUUUGUGAAAAGACAUGGUGGAGAAAUUUCCUGUUCAUCCACAAUUACUUUGGCUUCAAAAAUAUGUGUUUGUCGCAUACGCAUCACAUUGGAAUUGACUCGCAGCUCUUUAUGAUAUCGCCACUGCUCGUGUGGACAUUGUGGAAAUGGCCCAGAAAGAGCAUGGCUGCACUCGUAGCGUUGGCUACCAUCUCAACCGGACUGCGAUAUUAUGUGACGUUAACGAAAAAAUUGAACUUGUUUAUCAACUUUGGAAGCUCGGUAUCACAAAUGUAUGACACCGCAGACUACUCCUACAUAUUACCCACUCACAGAUUGACUGUGUACAUUAUGGGCAUUCUGUUGGGAUAUUGCCUGCGCUACGUAGGAAGAAAUUACCCGUUGAAAAGCGGCCACCUCAAGUUGGGAUGGAUCGUCGCUAUCGGAUUCUUUUACGAAGCGUUUAUACACCCGUCCAAAAUGGGUGACAUCGAUUACGUAUACAACGCCAGCGAUGCAGCCAAUUAUGCGGCUUUCGCACCGAUAUAUUGGUGCAUUUUUUUCAGUUGGAUUAUAUUUGUCUCGUACACGGGCAAUGGAGGUGUCGUAUCGUCGUUGUUUUCUUGGAAAGGAUUUAUCGUGUGCACACGUCUUUCCUACACGUUUUACUUGACACAAUUUCCGGUAUUCUUCUACAACGUCGGAAGCCAUCGUUCUGCGUUGGAAUACAGUUUUGGAUUGAUCGUAAACAUCAAGGAGAUCUUGGCCAUCAUCAUGGUGUCCGUGGCGCUUACCUUGGCCGUCGAGAUGCCGUUCAACAACAUCAGAACGUCGUUCGUAAAGAAGUCCAGACGUGAGACGGAAUCGCCGACCGCCGCCGCCGUAGGAGGCGACACGGAGUCGCGUCGCAACCGAUGAGAUUUCUUCGAGGGCACAAUAUUAUAUAAUUCAACAAUCAUUAUUAUUCGUCAUCUCGGUCGUCGAUCACAUCGUUCAUCACACAUACGCGUACACGCCGUCAAGCUCAACAAUUUCCAUUUAGCAUUUUAGGUUUUAAUAAAUAUAGGUUCACCACUCGCUCUCAUUCUCACAAGACGUUCAUAACGCGUUUACCUAAUUUUUUUUUUUUACAUUUUUUAUCGUUUUUAAA